GCAAUGCACCGUUUGGCCGUUGGACUACCUCUAGAUCCUCUAAAGCCACGGUUCCAGCUCCAGUCGCUGGUAGAGUCCGUCUCCCAGCAUAUGCCGUCCACCCCGAAGGCCGCUAUGGCGGUCGAAGCUAUCCGCGCAUUGUCGAAGGACAAGCUCAAGAAGAAGUAUGUCGCUGGCGAGAGAACAUUAUAUCCACCCUCUUACCCAAUGCACUACGAGCGCCUCGCAGAAGGUGUCGAGAACGCAAAUAAGGGUAUCGCUCGUCCGUGGUGGAAACGAUUCUUCGGUAUAUGGUAAAUCUGAGAGGGAGGAGAUCUUUCCGUAUUCGGGGACUUUACGAACGUGGGAGUGCGAGAAGAUAAUGAGCGAGCGAUUAGUUCGCUAUCAGGCUUGGAGUCGAUGGAUAUUACUGUAAUAGAACCGAAUCUGAGAAGACCACUAAUCGCUUAGCGAAGGAAGGGUCCCUACCAGCGCCUGCCCCUGGGACACGUCACUCCCAAGGCAUGUUCAUCGCUGGCAGAAAUCCCAGCACCGUUGAAGUACCAAUGUACAUUAUGACAAUGCAAUAGAUAUCUAUCCU